CGCGAAGUUGAUCCCGUUCUUCGUCUCACUCAUCUGGAGACACUAUUGCUUCUCUGCACAACCAAAUGGGGCAGAGAUGUGGAGAGACGAAGUGGUGUAUAUGAAAUCGUGAGAAUCAUGCACGAGACAGAAGAGGACGAAAAGAUGAGGCACCCGAGGACCGAGAAGAGCAAGAAGAGCCAAAAGCCAAUGGCGCUGGGGUUGGCCGAGUUUCGCAUGCCGAAGAGAGUGACGAGGACGAUAAAAUCGUAG